UUUCGUCUUUUUGAGCCCAUCUUUGUUGCUCUUAUCUCUUUUUUGUUGUUUGUUUGUUUGUUCGUUUGGGCUGGAAAUGUUUAACAGCCAUUCAGAGUCAAACAGACAGGAAUGUGUUUUCUCUCUUGCGUAUGCGAAACUUAAUCCCGAAUGGGGUUCACGGUAGCACAGCUGAGCAACUGCAGCGCUACCGUUUCUAUUUGAUGGCCGGUCAGUUCCAAUUGUGUUGGCCUUUCCGUAGACAAAUGCAAUGGAGACGGCCAGUCUUUCCCUUUUUCUCUAGAAACCAACAGAGUAAAAGACUCUUUUUUAAAAAAAGACGGUGGUGGUUGUGGUGUAGUUGUGUGCAGCAUUUUGACCUUAUUGGAGACAGCAAAGAAAAAACUGGUCUCUCUUUCGUGUGCGUUGAGCCUUCAGUGGUGCCUCCCAAGUCCCUUUAAAUCUUUCAAUCUUUAAAUCCCUAUAUAGGAUACUACUACCCAAUCAGCUGAUUGGGACCAAUGGCUACGGGUUUUUUCUUUUUUUCCCUUUUUUAUUUUCUUUAUUUUUGUUUGUUCUAUUUUUUGGAAGGCAGCAUUAGCAUUAACACAGUCUUAGUUUAUUCUGCAGAAACCAACUGGAGAAGGGAAAAUAAAAUAAAAGAAUCCCAGUCUGUUUAGCGUCCAAACAUCGAAAUAAAUAAGAAGAGUAGCAGGAAAAAAUCCAAGAAAAUAAAAAGGAGAACAUGCAAAAGUAGUGAAAAAAAAGAGGAAUUUCGACAGCAACUGACGCGCUUUCGUCCUGCGGCCACGUCAAAGAUGGAUGACUUUGGGCUGGCUGUUUCUCUUUGGGCCUUUUUGCGUUUGGCCAUCGCCAGAAUUGUGAUUGGUAUAUUAGACUUGCAAAAAAGCCUUCACGAAAUCAGGAAAACUUGGGAAAUAAAAAACGAGUCCACCCUUCAAACAUUCAAAAAAACAAAACAACUAAAGCAAAAAAACGGAAUUUUUAUUUCGCUUUUUCAUGUUUUGUUUUUUUUUUGUGCUAAAUAUCAGUUUUAUAGUGAUAGCCAGAACGGGAUACUUUUCCUGCUUAUUUUGUUUUUUGUUUGUUUUUUUAGGGGGGUUUAUUAUUGGCGUUAUCGCCUUUGACCAUUUCAGCAAACGAAAUUCAGCUGAAAAGUAUUCGGCCUUUGGACAGGAUGCCGUAAUCAGUCAGAGUUGAUUGGCCUUUUAUUUUGCUUUGUUUUUGGUUUUUUUCUUUUAGAUAUUUUUCUUUGAUUAUGUCUAGUUCGGUAUGUAGGAGCAGGGCCUCGACGAACGCCAUUUCGUUCAGAAAUGCGAGCUAAAGAGGGAAAGAGAGAAAGAGAGAGAGUUUAGACGGACAGAGACAGGCAGACGUGUUUUUCUGGUUGGCUAUUAUUGUGUGUGUGAUUUUCACCUGGCCAUUGUUGGCCGUAAAAUGUGUGGCACAGUCGAUAGCACCACGGCCACCAAAAAUGACGGCAGGUCAUGUGUGAUUGAAGGCAAUGGCGGCCGAAUGGAGACUGUUGAUGAUGACCAUGUUGCCGGUGCCACUCGUUUCGUCGUCAUCGCAUCCGCCGUGGUCGUCGAGUGCCUCGUUUCAAGCGACGCUCUUCUUGGCUUCGACUUCUUCUUAUCCGGUCGACGACGAUUACGUUGACGGGCUGUCUGGCAACGUGAGCAUCAUGAUGUCGACGACGACGACGACGACCAACACCUCGACCCACCACAGCCACAGCCACAGCCACAGCCACAGCCAAGACCAUCACCAGCCCAACCCGCACCUCUACGAAGGCAAUAAUUUGUCGUCGUUGGCGACGGGCGCGGCGCCGACCGGUGACGACGUCAUGGACGACGAACGUUUCCCGGCCUACGUCAGUCUGUUGAUGAUGUUGUCGUGCGGUUUGAUUCUGGUGGUGGGACUGGUCGGCAAUUGCCUCGUACCUGUCGUCAUUUGGAACAAUCGCGACUUGCGCAAUUCGACCAAUCUGUUCCUGCUGAAUUUGAGCCUGGCCGACAUCCUCGUCCUUUGCGUCAGCAUGCCCACCGUCCUGGUCGAGAUCUACGAGCGACGAGACACCUGGAUCUUUGGCAAAGUCAUGUGUAAAUUGGUGCCGUUCGUCGAACUGACGGUGGCCCAUGCGUCGGUGUUGACUAUUCUGGCCAUCUCUUUCGAGCGCUAUUACGUCAUCACUCGACCGUUGAGGGCCGGCUACACUUGCACCCGCAUGAGAGCCCUCUUCAUCAUCCUUGCCAUUUGGAUACUGGGAUGCCUCACCUCCAGCCCGAUGUUGUUCAUUGCCAAUUAUUUGGAAGAAGAUUCGGCUGGAUCAUCAGCCGGCUGUGUGACGCAAGCCAACACAUUCUGGUCCGUUUUCUAUUACAUCGCAGCCAUCUGCCUCUUUUUCUUGUUCCCGUUGAUUGUCCUCAUCCUCAUCUACAGCGUCAUCGCCCGCCACUUGGUCGCCGAUCCGUGCACCGCCUCCAAUCACCGCAUUCAGGUGCAAACGUCGGCGUCGGUAGCGGCCGGAACAGACAACGUCAACCCAAACUUGCGGGCUCGCCGCCAGGUGGUGUCUAUGCUGGGCACGGUUGUCGUCUUCUUCUUCAUUUGCCUCUUGCCCUUCAAAAUCUUUACGCUGUGGUUCAUCGUGACGUCGGACGAAGACAUUCAAAUGAUGGGUCCAGAGACGUAUUAUCACGUGCUAAACUUUUGUCGAGUCAUGUUCUACCUCAAUUCGGCCAUCAAUCCCAUUUUGUACAACGUCAUGUCGUCCAAAUUCCGCACAGCUUUCCUCAAGGCUCUUGGCUUCACGUGGGCCGGUAGGCGGAAGCGAUUGCUGCGCCACUUGAGCCGACAGAGCACCUUCAAUACGACGACCACGUCGGGCACCGCUUCCGGUACGACCACCAGCAGCGAACAUCAACUCAUCAAGCGAAUGACCAAAGAGGAUCUACUGGUGGCGGCCAACAAUCAACGGCCCGUCUUGCAAAAGUAUGGCCGCCAAGGAAGUUGUACGGCCGCCAGUCGAGCAUCCAGCAAACCUUUGUUGGCGGUGACGCUUUCGACGACGUCCACCAGUGGGGCAGGUAAUCCGCCAGAGUCGACGUCGUGUGACAGCCACGUCUGAAUACGUUCGGGGACGAAAACAUUUUUAAAACAACAGAAAACAACAGAAAACAACAGAAAAAAAGAAAAGAAAAAAACAAAAAGAAAAAGUAAUUCGAGGAAAUUGAUGGAUCUCAACUUUUAAAAAAAUGUCUUCAAUCCCAUUUUCGCUGAAGAGAUGCAAAAAAAACAAAAAACGAAAAACAAAAAACAAAAAAAAGCUGUGCACAAUUUUGACAUUCUUUUAUCUUCAAAACUAAUUAUUUGACUGUUUAACCUUAUAAUUAUGAUAAUGCAUUAUUAUGGGUGUACCUCAUUCAUUAAUCCCUGUAAUUAUUAUUGAGAAACUCUUGACAGUUAUCUACAGAGCUGCAGGAUGUAGUAAAAGAAUUUUUUUCAGGGCUUGUUAGGUCACCUGAAAUCGAUCAGCAGGUGUUUCGCCAAUCGUCUGAACGUCAUGUAAUAUCUAAUCUAUCAAUCUAUCAACACAUGAUUACCUUAAAAUCGUAAUUAUUAAGGCCAGUGAAAAUGAGAAAAAAAAAAUAUGAAAAAAAUGCAUUGUACAGUACGUUGCCAUCUGAUUCAUUGAAGCUGUGAUGAUGCCAGAGAACAUGAAACAAACACACCCUAUACAUUAUUUUACUAUAAAAACGUAUAUCUAAUCUUAAUUUAUACCCCCUUCCCAACAGUGUGUCUUACAUCAUAGCCGAUUUGCAUUGUUUCAUUGUUACUUUGUGUUUCUUCUUCUUCUCUUGUUCAUUUAAUGUUACUACACAAUCAAAUAUACAAUUCCGAUCGCG